AUAUAUGUUAUUAAAACUGAACUCUAAGGACCUAAAGCCAGGAAUGUUCUCCACGAGGGUUCGGAACCAAAGGGUACAUGUGAUCUAAGGACAUCACCACUAACAGGAGAAAGCGAAAAAAAAAAGAAAUAAGAUAAGAUAUAGCUAAAGGAUAAGGAGAGAAGAGUUUUUAGAGCCAUGGAUACCAAGUUGGAGGCACGUGGCCAGUUUCCGGCGUCGUUUCCGGACACGUUCAAGAACUUCUUUGCAAUGAUGAACGAAGACGAGGAUCAUGUGGGGCUGUUUGCCAACCUGCUGGAGGAUAAGGUGAUUCCGCGACAAAACAGCCCCGUGCAGCCGCAACGUCAGCGGUACGGCGGCAGUAUGCGGAGUCACAGCGGCGGAGAUCGACGGGAUCGGGAUCGGGAACGGGAACGGGAUCGGGAUCGGGAUCGGGACAGAGAUCGCGCCGACCGGCACUAUCAUCAGCAAAGCCAGAGUCAGCAGCAGCAACAACAACAGCCGAGUUCCCAGCAGCGUGCUUUUCAUUCGCGCAACCGCAGCGGCAGUGGGAGCAGCGUUGAUCUCUAUGCCAGCCGGAAUGUGAGUUUUUCCAGCACCCCCACAAACCGGGUCAAUUCGCUGCGAAGAAACCGAUCGCGAGGAUCUCUGACCCUGAGCAGCAACGGGCUAAAUGCCCUGGGCUUGGGACCCGUGACCCUGGCGCCAAAUGUCAGCUCCAGCAGCAGUGGCAGUGUGCUGGACUUGACCCUGCCGGGUGCCAAUGUUGCUGGAGGAUCAGGCGGGGCAGGUGGAUCGGGUGGAUCGGGUAGGGGAGGUGGGGCAGGUGGAUCGAGUGGUGCGGGUGGCAGUACCAGUACCCAGAAUAAGUACGCAUCAUCCUCGAAAUUGAACCUUAAGCCGGCUUUGAAACAACCCAAACCACCGGCUGAUCAAUGCUGCGCCCUUUUUCUGGGCAACGAUGGCGAAUUGCUGUGCAAUCACAUCAAGUACUGCAGCCUGCACCACGAUCUUUCCACCGAUGGCACCCAGCAGCAGCAGCAGCAGCAGCAGCAGCAACAGCUGCUGCAGUUCAAGCAUCAGCAAUUAUCAGCCAAUCCAAAUCCCGGCCAGAAACACGUCACCUUGCCCUGUUGCGAGUGCGUUUGCGGCCGUGGCAAAGCUCCACGAUCCGGACCCGAUGGCGAGGACAAAUGUGGGGCGAACUACCCAAAGGGAUAUGCCGUCGGCGGCUAUAUGCUACCGCCAACACCAAAGGUCAAGUUGGAUAAGACGAGCACCAUAACGUCCGCCGAAUUGGCGGCCUCCAAGAACAAGGAUUUGCAGGAGCGACAGGAGCGGCAGGAGAAACGCGGAUCGGUCAUACUCGAAAGGGCCUUCGAUUUCGAUACCAGCUGCGAUGAGAGCGACAGCAUUAGCAGCAGCACCCCGGGUCCUGUGCCCUCGCCAGCUCCCCACCAGCUGGCCUACAAUGUCCUCAAGCCGAUCCUCAAGCAGCCGCAGCUGCAGCAGAAGCCUAUGUUGCAGCAGCCACAUCAACAUCAACAUCAACAUCAACUGGUUGCCCACCAACAAACACAGCAGGCGGCGGACCAGCAUUAUCAAGGACUUGCCCAUCAGCAACACCAAGGAGUGAUCCAACAGCAGUACCAACAAAUUAGCUUACAGCAACACCAACAACAAGUGCUGAUCCAUCAGCAGCACCAGCAGCACCAGCAGCACCAGCAGGUGAGCCAAGAGCAACACCCACUAGUCAGCCACCAGCACCAGCACCAGCACCAGCACCAGCUCCAGCAGCAACAGCAACAGCAACAGCCCCAGGUGAUCCAUCAGCAACCCAUGUUGCAGGUGCCACUUCCGCCCACCACCGUGCAGGUGCACCACCGACUGUUGCCCACACCGCCUACCCACAGUGGCUUGGGGGCGUACCACACGCGCAAGACGGCCUUGCAAAGGGUGCAGCAGCAGAGCGGCUUCUACAACCAGGGGCCCAGCACCUCGGCAUCGUCCUACGGCUAUGGCCAGUCCAUGGAACAGCAGCAACAGCAGCAUCAGCAGCAGCAGCAGAUGCAGCAACAGUACCAGUACGAUCAGCAUCAGGAUCUGCAGUUCGAGCAGCAACAACCACUACAGCAACAUCAGCAACAUCAGCCGCAUCAGCAACACCAUCAAUUUCAGCCGUAUCAGCAACAACAACCGUAUGCGGACGAUACCGAGUUGGAUUACGAUUCGGAGUGGGAAAUGGACGAGGAAUCGGCCCCUCAAGAGGUCCAACCCCUCACCACCUUCAACGACUUUCUCAACGCAGCCCAGAAUCCAACUGGAAGUCGUCAGAGUCUGCGGGCCCAGAAAUCCCCAAUUUUGAACAGGCGUCGCGCCUCAUCGAUAGCUGGCAAUUUAUUGCCAUCUGACUAUACGUACACCCGGAACAGUAUCGGCGGAGCUCCAAUUGAGGCUAACGACUUUCAGCGCAUUUCGCACAGCAAUAGCGCCAGGGAUCGCAUGUCUCUGGCCGGAGUCCUGACCUUCCACCAGGCCAUGUCCGGAGCUGUGUCACCACAAUACGGCACCGUGGGUUCGCUUAAUCCCCCGAACACUUCCGGUGGCUCCGGCGAAAAGCGGACGGAUGGAGGUUUACCCGGGGGAUCUGCCCACAAUCUAAAUGUGAACGUGGGGUUGGGGUUUCUCGGUGGAUCAAGUACCACCUUAGCUGCUGUCGCCGAGGUGACUAGUGGUCCGGAUGGUAAUGGCGACUCCACCGACUCUAUAUCUCCGGUCUCCAUGAUCCCGAGCAAACAGCAACAGCAGCAGGAGCAGCAGCACUUGCCCACCCAUUUGCCAAUGAAGCGGGAGAGGGGCGUGGGCGAAUCCUCCGGAGCCAGCACAACCGGCACGGCCAUCACCGAUCUGGCCGCCUCCGUGGUCUUGGCCUCCCAAUCCGGCAAACCAUUGACGGAGCGACAGCGUUUGAGGACCUCCAGCAUGCCGGCGGAAAGUCGCAGGCCCCGCUUGGCAGAGAUGCGACGGUCGGCGAUCCAUGCCGGUGAUCCGGACAUGACCUACUACCGUCUGCGCAGCUUCAGCAUCACUUCCAAUGGCAUCUGCAACUUGGGCGAUUCUUUAAGAAGCCGCAGGUCACGUUCGAUCAAUUCCGUGACAUCCACGGGCACUUCAAACAGCGGCGUUGCGGAUCGACACAAUAGCAACGCAUCGGGGGCAUCGGGCGAAGUCAUCGACGGGGAUCCGAAUGUUCCUGCCUACAAGAUUGCCAUGCUCGGCGGCUCCGGAGUGGGCAAAACCACAUUGACUUACCAGUUCACCACUUCCGAUUACAUAUGCGCCUACGACCUGAGUCUCGAUGAUGAAUAUGGACAGAAGACGGUGUCGGUGCUAGUCGAUAACAUUGAAACGGAUUUGGAGAUUAUUGAUCAUCCCGCAUGCGAGAUGUCGACGGAGGCCUUCUGUGCCACCUACAACAUCGACCUCUUCGUGGUGGUCUAUUCGGUGAUAGAUCGAACCACCUUCGCCGCAGCCGAGCGGGUACUGCAGUACCUCAAGGAGAACGAGAUGCUCUUGUCCCGCGGAGCUAUUUUGGUGGCCAACAAAACGGAUCUGCAGCGCCAUCGAGUUAUCACCCGUCAAAUGGGUCGCAAGGUGGCCAAGGAUAUUGCUUGCAAAUUUAUCGAGACCUCCUCUGGAUUGGAUCACAAUGUGGACGAGCUGCUGGUUGGCAUUGUGGCCCAGGUGAAGCUCAAUCCGCAGCGCUUGCGAUUGCUCACAGAACUGGAGCUGCAGCGCUUAAAUCUACAGAGUACGAUUCAAAAGCAUCGUGGUAUGCACUUGCAGUCGCGUCGAAUGGUGCGCCAGAUGAGCAUUUGCCAGGGCGACGAGGAGAUCUUCGAUGGCGGAUUGCCGGACAAAUUGCCGAACGGCGACGCCAACGACAAGGACAACAACGAUCCGGACGGAGUGGCGGGUACCUCGAAAUCCAAAUCGAAUCGAUCCCGCAUCGAGAAUCCCAAUCGCAAGCCCCUCAACCUGGAGAGCAUACUGAAGAUGGGCGAAAGCGAGGUGGACGAGGACGAGGAUGUGCUGAAGCACUCAUCGACGCAAUCGAUGCCCGUUGGCAAAUUCAAUAUGCUCGCGGCCACUAUUCGUCAUCGGCGUCCGUUUCGCAAGCGUCGCUCGUUCGACGGCGGCGUUACCACAUCUGCGGCAGCGGAUGCGGCCGCCGAACUCCAGCGGCGCCAUCAGCUCCGGACCAUGGAUGACUUGCAGCUGGAGGCGGGGCGCCAGCAGAGGAUUUCCUUGUCGGCGGCGGGCGAGCGGAUAGCGGAUGAUGAUGAUGAUGAUGAUGAUGGCAACGGCGAUGGCGAUGGCAAUGGCGAUGGCGUUGUAGUGGGUUUCGAGGGGCGGCGGAGUACCUGCAAUCGCAAGGUGGUCAAGAAACUGACCGCCCGCACCAAGGUAUUCAUCUCGUCGGUGCUGCGGUUCAAGAAGGGCAUCAGCCUCAAGCGACGCAACUCCUCCAGCUGCAGCGAUCUCUUUGUGAUUUAAGCAGCAGCAGCAGCGGCAGCCAGGAGGAGCAAGUAUAGGAAGUAGCAAGUAGCAAGUAGGAAGUAGGAAGUAUAGACUGAAUGUAUAUAGAAGGACAAGGGGGAGGACAAAAAGGAGGAGCAGGAGGAGCGAUUCUAGGAGAUCCGGAGGAGUACCAGAGACCAAGAGAGCAGGCACAACGAAGCAGCAGCGCAUAAUCGAGGUGGAGUCGAACACGGCAGUGCACCGAGUGCUCGGAGUGCAGGGUUCAAAGGGCACCAGCUUAUGAGGCAGUUCGUCAGUUCAUUUCCAUUUAUUAUUAUUAUGCCACACAAAUAUUACAGGGACAAGAGACAUUUUAAUUGGCCACAAGCGGUCAAGCAAAAGCAACCUAGAAUUUACAAAUCACUUGAAAUGGUAGCUUAAAAAACUAUCACAUCUUUAAGCCAUGCCAAGUGAUUUGAUGUCUCUAGGGAAGACCCUUUACAAAAGACAAAAGCUAUGGCCAAAAGAAACCUCAAGAGUUUCAAUAUCACUUAAAAAGCUGUCAAAAAGUAGGCUUUAUAAAGUAGUUAUCCUUGCGACUUUCGCCUAGAAAAUAUAACAUAGCCGACUUUUGGACAAUUUUAUAAGUGAUUUCUCUCUAGAUAACUCUAUGGUUAAAUCAGCAUAAGCAGAAGCUUAGACGAAGCCACAUUAGCAACAAAAAAAUAUAACUAAAAACAAAUAAAAAGUAAAAAGUAAAAAAAAAAAAAACCCACCCCUUCACAACCGGUAGGUGGCGCUGCAAAUGCGGACAAUAAUUUUCUUUUUGAAAAAAUAUAUCGAUCAGCAAAUUUUACAAAAUUGAAAAUCCAAAAAAAAAAUAAGAGGAUUAAUGCAAAUUGUAUCCUAUCCGCCAAAAAAAAAUUGAUAAUGCAGCAAAAAAAAAAAAACAUCAACAAAAAAUUGGUCUUUUUCAGCUUGAGUGGCACAUACUUUUGUAGAAAAAGAAAAUAUCUGCCAAGGCAAUAUAUAACGAGAUACGACAGCAAACAUUAUUUUGUUUUUUCGUGGUUUCUUGUCAUAAUUAAACGUGCGGUUUCCCUGCGAGUUUCAAGUGAGUAAGAAUGGGCUUUAUUUAAUCAAGAAUAGCAAGAAACAUGGAAAAACUGUGCAAAAAUGGAAACAUUUUCUUGACAAGCAACAACAA